AUGCCUACGUCUGAUUUACCAGAUGAGGAGAUACCUACCAUGUUAGUGAUAUUGAACGGAGCUCAAGGAGGCUGCCGUCUUUGCGCUGUAGCGUGGGGUGUCUUUCAAAAUUGGGGGGACGGUCGAUACUUCUCUCACAACAAUAAGAUCGAUAUGAUAUCUUUGACUGAGAUUGCACAGCGUUACAUUAUAAGCUCUAUGUUUGUUGAACGUGCCACAGAUAUUAUCCCAGGCUACUACAAGCUUUCUUGCAAGACAAGUGUGAUGGACUCAGAGCAAGAGGUGGGAAUCGAUCUGGUAUUAGCUCUGGAUGUAGUGAAUGAUAGCUUGUACGCAACACUAAGUCAUUGUUGGGGCAAAACACCGAUUCUUACUUUGACAACUAAGAACUUUGAAGCUUUUCAACAACAGUUACCUGUAUCUCAACUCACUCAAACGUUUAAGGAUGCUAUUCACAUAGGGAAAAGACUAUUGCGAGAUUUCAAUGUCCAAUAUCUUUGGGUCGAUAGUUUAUGCAUUAUGCAAGAUUCAAAAGCCGACUGGCUCAAUGAGGCACCACAAAUGGCUCAUAUUUACGGAAAGGCAUUUUGCUGCAUUGCGGCCUCUUCGGCUUCUGAUGGAUCAGAAGGUCUCUUCUCUCCAAGAAACUCCACAGUGGACGAGGUUCUAUUUCUAAGGCAUGAUAGAACAAAUUACCCACAACUACCAAGUCCAGUGAUGAUAACGGUGUUGGAUCGGACCAAAUGGCAUCAGAUUAUUAAGGAAGCACCGUUAAACCAACGUGGCUGGGUUGUACAAGAGAGGAUACUCUCAAAAAGAACACUCCAGUUUUUCAAGGGCGAAGUAUUCUGGAAAUGUCAGCAAAGUAUGGCAUCGGAGACAUUUCCUGUCAUUGCACCUGGUCUAAAGAUACACGAUGAUCAUCUAAUUUUCCCUCCGUCUCUUGUUUCAAACUUCAAUUUCCGAAGCUUUUGGCAUCAACUUUUGCAGACGUAUGGCAAAACUGUUCUUUCUUACCCAGAGGAUAUACUAAUAGCAAUUGCUGGUGUGUCUCGCAACUUUCGGAAGUACUUACCAACGACAAAUAAGCUAUAUCUGGCUGGUAUGUGGUCCUUUGAGCUUGAGAGGCAGUUGGGGUGGUCAGCAACCCGGCAUGGAUUCGGAUCUGACCUCGAUCAUCGGGAGUGCCCUUCCAAAUACGUUGCACCAUCUUGGAGCUGGGCCUCAUCUACAGGUAGGUCAAUUACGGCUCACUGGACAAUGGGCGUAGAUGCCGAUGCCUCCAUCAAGUGGUACCAAUGGACCGACGCAGAUUACCAACGUCACAUGGUUCUGGAUAUGAAUCGAAUCCAACCUCCCAGUUUCACCAUAAUCGAAGCUGAAACAAAAAUUCUUGGAGAAGACCCGUUCGGACCUGUAACUUCGGGGUUUCUUCGACUUCGUGGUCAAUUAAAGAUCGGACGGCACUCUUUCACUGCGUCCAAAAAUCACACAACGACCCGGACUAAAUAUAGAAAUGGUCACUUCGUAGAAGUGAUUGGAUCUUCCUCUGGAUCUGGGUUAAAUUCUAGCAUGUCCUUUGACCGUCUACAUUCCGAUGAGGAAUUGAAGGAGAUUAGAAGCGGAGUGUUAUUUUUAUUUCCCUUGGUAUUUGAAAAUCUCCGUGAUGCGCGUGCCCUUAUCCUCAGGCCGGGUGGGACAAGAAAGAAACUUGUAAGGAUAGGCUGUUUAUUCAGCAUUACCAGUAAAUUUGCCAUGGGUUUUGAUUCGGAGGUUGAUGCGCUGAUCGGCGAUGAGAUUUAUGAGGAAUCUCAUGGUAAUGGAGAGUAUACCAUAUGUAUCAUAUAA